UCAUCCACCUGGACAUACUGUGGUCCUCUCCUCCCACUCACACCCUCAUCUCUCCCUGCUUCCUUCGAUACCUGGACUAACGCGACCUUCGAACCUGCUUCCGCCCUCCUGCCCUCCCUCCUUCCAUUUGUAGCCUAUGUGAACGACUUCUUGAAGAAAGCUGGCUUGGGGAACUACUGGAUAACCGUACGCGCAACGCUACCUACGAAUGAAUACGAUACUCCACGAUGGCAUACAGACGAUCUCUUCUUCGAGUCUCCCACGUCCACAGAAGCUACAAGCAUCGUGGCCCCAAAGUCCAGAUGGAAGCUCUUCAGUAAAACCAGCACCCACAAUCGCAGGUCUAGCUCUGUAACCCCCUCAGACGCGCCAAGUGCCCUAGCUCCCGGCACCUGGAAGCUCUGCGCCACCCUCCUCGGGGCCCCAACCCUCUUCCUCUCCCCGAAAACGAACUCCAAUGCCCUUCGUGUUCAAUCCACCGCCAAAUCUACCGCGUCUUCCAAAUAUGCCCAUCCAUGCACCAGCACUCGCUGUCUCGGCUGCGCUACAGCCGCUAACUCAGUGCGCCAGUCUCUUGCCUCGACCUUUGAUUCCUUGAACUUUGAGGUUGUGAGUCCGGCUCCGGGAGAGUGCUGUUGGUUCAGACUCGGUGCAGUGGAGGGGGCGAUGCAUUCGGAGCCGAAUUGUAGUAGCAAUGAGGGAGCACAAGGGAGGGUGUUUGUGAAUGUGGUCCCAGGCACGGAGGAGCAGCUUAAAGGGUUGAUGGGGAAGUGGGGAAUGGCGUUUCCUCGGGCGUGGUGUGUGGGG